AUGACGAAACCCGCCCACGAGGUCGACUCUAUACCGGUUCCAGCCCAGCAACCUGCUUCUGGUGGCGGUGCCGUGUCCCCGAGCGACGCUUCUGCCUCGUCUGCGUCUGCGUCUGGACUACCCCGAAAGACCCCUCUUCACCAACAUGCUUCUCACGCCGCCGCCGCCGCCGUUAUUACCCCGCCGGCCAGUCCUCCCGUGCCAAGACCUGUCGACGAACAAGACGAAUUCCACCCCAUCUUUUCCCCUGCUGCUACUGCAACUACCACCACUACUACCACUACCACCACUCACACAACUGAAUCUGCAACAGCCCCUCCCAGUGACGACACAAGCUCAUUGGCGCAGUCGCAGACAAGCACAAACAGCAGUUCUCGUCAGGAGUACAUGGACAGCUUAGUCCCGCCAUCGCAAAACCAAUUUGAAAAGAUUGCAGAGGUGCAGCGCAUACGUGAGGAGGAGCUGAAGCGGAAUAAGUCGAAGCGGCGACCCAUGCAGACACAACGCCUCCACGACCACUUUCACAACACCCGCUACUUGCAAGAAGGGCAGGAGGACACCACCGGGGACGCAGUCGACGAAGCACAAAUGACUUCGCGUGAUCAAGAUCAGUCACAGUCAGCACCAACGACAGAGGGGGGUGAACGGGGCGAUAGCGAGGCGAUCAACAGGGCCGCGGCGCUGAUCCAGCGCAACUACCGGGGGUAUCGCGUGCGAAGAGAGAUGCAGGGCAUGGGGCUGAACGCGUCGACGAGAUGGGUCUCGGCCAUCGACGAGCUGCAGUUCCGCGAGCUGAACCGGCCGCGCGCAAAGAGCUCCGUCAGCGCCACUGGGUUGUCUCCCACCGACGACAGGCACAGCGUGCUCUCGAGGGACGAGGGGGGCGGCAUGAGUGGUCCGUCAACGGCCCGGGAGAACUGGAGGAAGGCGGCGACGAUUGCGCGGCGGGCGGGGCACGAUGACGUCGAGUCCGACUCGGACUCGUCUGGAUCCUCGUCGGAAACGGAGGAGACACCUGAGAAGAGAGCUGAGAAGAAGAAGCGGCGCGAGGAAGCCGUGGCGAGGCGGAAGAAGGAUUCCAAGAUGAUGGGACUGCAGUAUUUCCUGGAAAUGGUCGAUCUCAAGCACCGCUACGGGAGUAAUCUGCGCGUGUACCACGAGGAGUGGAAAAAGUCCGAAACGACGGAGAACUUCUUCUACUGGCUCGACUAUGGCAGCGGCAAAAACGUUGAGAUGGAGGCGUGUCCCCGUGAUCGUCUCGAGAGGGAACAGGUGCGGUAUCUGUCCCGCGAGGAGAGACAAUUCUACCUCGUGCAAGUCGACGAUGAGGGACGGCUAUGCUGGGCCAAGAAUGGCGCGCCUAUCGACACGACCGAGGCGUUCAAGGACAGCAUUCACGGCAUCGUGCCUGCAGACGACCCGACGCCAGCGUGGUCGCAGAACAACACCCCACAAACAUCUCCCGGAGCCGACGCCGCUGAUGACAGCCGAUCCGAGUCCUCGGUGGAGUCGGCAUUGGAGGCGGAUCGCGCAGCCAAGUACGCCACGCCCGAGGUGGAUGGCGCAACGGGCGUCAAGAAGGUAUCGCACAUCUCGGCGGCGACAGUCUUCAACAAGAUGCUGCGCAAGUCGGUCAAGAAGAACACGUGGAUCUUUGUCGCGGACACGAGCUUCCGCCUGUACGUGGGCAUCAAGUCGUCGGGCGCGUUCCAGCACUCGAGCUUCCUGCAGGGCAGCCGCAUCUCCUCGGCGGGGCUCAUCAAGAUCAAAGAAGGGCGGCUGUCGAGCCUGUCGCCACUCAGCGGGCACUACCGUCCUCCUGCGUCCAAUUUUCGCGCCUUUGUCAAGAACCUCAAGGAGGCGGACGUCGACACAUCCCACGUGUCGAUAUCCAAGUCAUACGCUGUGCUCGUCGGGCUCGAGGUCUACCUCAAGUCGCGGCAGAAGGGCAAGAAGGCGCUGGAGAAGAUGACGCACAAGAAGGAGAAAAUUAUGGAACCCGAGGAGUUUCGGAAGCGCGAGGAGGAGGCGAAAGACAAGAGCGAGAGCGCGGCCAAGGAGAGGAAGGUACUGGAAAAAGAGGCCGAGGAGAGGGAGGAGAAUAGGGCGGCGAUAAAGCUGAUGAGGAAGCUGAAUCUCGCGCCGCAGGUGCCGGCGGGUCAAAGGGGUGGUGAGGGUGGAGAGGAGAAGAGGGAGGAGGAGGAGCCUGUGAUGGAGACGUUGGCUGAGGAGAGAACGAGGGAGACGGCUGCUGCUGCUUCUUCUCCUGCUACCGCUACUCCUUCAACUGCUGCUCGUCCUACUGCUUCAUCUGCAGGGGUAUAG